AAUCUCUUUCAUUGAGCACACAAACAACCAACUUUUCCUCCUAAAAAAAAAGAAAAAGAAAAAAAACAAUGAAGGUGGCCACUCUCACCAUCUUAUCCACUGUUUUUUUAUUUGGUAUUGUCUCUGUCUAUUGUGAAAGAUCCGAUCACCAUUGUGGACCAAAAUAUGGCAAUCCUGGCUGUUCACAGGGAAGAUGCUGCAGCAUUCAUGGGUGGUGUGGCGGCUCCGCCGGUUACUGUCAAGGAGGAAAUUGUGAUUACCAGUGUUGGGCUCGUUCUCUACUCCUAAACAAUAUUGAUAAUAAUAAUGCUGUUAGUGAGAUCAUCAGUGAAUCGCUUUUUGAUGAAAUGUUUAAGCACCGGAAAGAUUGCCCUAGCCAGGGCUUCUACAGUUAUGAUGCUCUCAUAACUGCUGCUGCGUCAUUUUCCGAUUUCUGUAAUACUGGUGAUGUCGCUACUCGUAAGAGGGAGCUCGCAGCUUUUCUUGCUCAAACUUCUCAAGCUACCACAGGACGAGAGUCUGAUUCACUGGAUCCAUAUGCGUGGGGUUACUGUCAUAUUAAUACGACCACUAGUGGCGUUGAGAAUGAUUAUUGUACAUCUUCUAAUUGGGCAUGUGCUUCUGGAAAAAAGUAUUACAGUCGUGGACCAAUCCAGCUCACUCACAAUCACAACUACGGAUUUGUUGGAGAAGCUCUUGGGAUAGAUUUGAUAAAAACUCCAGAUUUAGUGGCAACAGACGCUGUUGUAUCAUUCAAGACAGCGAUAUGGUUUUGGAUGAUUCAGCACAACAACAAGCCUUCUUGCCACGAUAUUAUUGUCAAUGCCAACUCUGAAACUAGUCAAGUCCUUGGUCACAUAAUCCAUGGAAAUUCUGGACAAAAGAGUAGUGAUUUAAUCACUAAUAGCAUUGGGUACUACAAGAGGUACUGUGACAUGUUGGAGGUCAGCUAUGGAGAUAACAUGAAAUAUUGGUACGAUGAAACUCAUUUCUCGGAUGUUUCUCACUUACAAAUGCCUGUCUACUGAGUAUGAUAUGGAGGAAAAAGAAAUGGUGGCUUUCUGGUAUUAAACUAGUUUUCUCUAUGAUGAGAAAGUUAAUUAUCUGGGCUUUUUGUUUAUGUCUAUAUCGAAGUACUGUAUGUAAUGUUACAAUGGACUCGACUUUCGUUAGUUGAGCUUGUGAUCAUGAAAUAAAUAGGCCACCCAUGUUUCCCAGCAA